AUGGAGGCCAAAACGGCAAUUGCGGUUUUCAAUCAAGGAAGCAACGAGUCCUUAAAUGAUGCUUGGGAAAGAUUCAAAUCCAUGCUUAGAAAAUGCAAGGGUCAUGGUUUUGAUGAUCUCACACAAAUUCACAUCUUCCGCAAUGGACUUCAACCGGUGCACAAGACACUUUUAGAUGCCACCGCGGGUGGCUCUCUAAUGUCAAAAAGCGCGGAGGAUGCAAUAAUGAUAAUCGAUCGUAUGGCACUCAAUGAUCUCCAAACUCAACAUGAUAGGAGUCCAUCACAAAGGAAGCCGGGUGUUCUCGAAUUAAACACCAAUGAUGCCAUCCUUGCUCAAAACAAGAUUCUCUCUCAACAAGUUGAGUUACUCACCAAGCAAAUGUCGAAGCUUCCACAACAAAUGAAGGAAAUUCAUGGGAUGCAAAUGACUUCUCACGUGGCAAGUUGUGAACUUUGUCAAGGUUAUCAAAGGCAACCUCCACCUCACAACAAUCCUUACCAAAGAAACAACCAAGGAUUCAAACCUUCAAGAUUCGGAAAUCAACACUAUCAACAUCAAAGUCCUUAUCAUAGCCCAAAUCCUCAAGUCCAAGGUCAACAAUCUCAAGGUGGGAGCUCAAAAUUGGAAGACACUCUUACACAAUUCAUGCAAGCAUCCAUGGCUAACCAAAGGAGCAAUGAAGCGGCCAUAAAGAAUUUAGAAAAUCAAGUGGGUCAACUUGCAAAGCAAUUGUCCGAGCAACAACCGGGAGCAUCCUUUUCCGCCAACACCCAAACCAAUCCUAAGGAACAUUGCAAAGCCAUUGUUACAAGAAGUGGGAGAAAGGUGAAUAAUGGUGUGAAUGAAGAGGUCAUAGUGGAAGAUGAUGAGGAAGUAGUAGUUGAAGAGGAAGAAGUGGAAGUGAUAGUUGAAAAUGAGGGAGAAAAAACGUUAGAACAAAUGCCAAAAUAUGCAAAGUUCAUGAAGGACAUUCUCACCAAGAAAAAGAGAUAUUCGGAAGAGGAGACUAUUCUACUUGAUGCUCGUUGUAGUGCCAUAAUCCAAAAGACAUUACCAAAGAAAGAAGCCGAUCCGGGACGGGUUACCUUGCCGGUUACAAUCGGAGGUCAUUACAUAGGUAACGGUUUGGUCGAUUUGGGCUCAAGUAUUAAUUUAAUUCCGUUAUCUAUCAUCAAUAGAUUGGGAAACAUAGAGAUGAAGCCGACCCGAAUGACUUUGCAACUAGCCGAUAAGUCUCUCACCUCUCCUUACGGAGUUGCACAAGACAUGCUAGUCAAAGUGGACAAAUUUUUGUUCCCGGUAGACUUUGUGGUAGUUGAUAUGGAAGAAGACCGUGACGUACCAUUGAUACUUGGAAGACCUUUCAUGAAAACAGCCCGGAUGAUGAUUGACAUAGACGAUGGUCUUAUGAAGGUGAGAGUGCAAGAUGAAGAAGUCACUUUCAAUCUCUUUGAAGCAAUGAAGCAUCCCAAGGAAUAA